CUCGACUAUUAUAUCCCUAGUAUACCACCAUACAUAGUAGUGCAAGUGCUUCAGAGUCCAUCGUGCGAGGUAUUGCUUGCCAGCAAUCUAGUGUCUAGCUCACGAUGGACGAUCAUAAGGGUCUCGAACUUGCGCUCGAGGAAGCACGUAAGGGGUAUGAAGAAGGCGGGAUACCCAUCGGAGCCGCCCUCGUUUCUGCCGAUGGCAGGGUGCUCGGCCGAGGCCAUAAUAUGAGGAUACAAGCCGGCAAUCCGAUCCUUCACGGCGAGACCUCAUGUCUGCAGAAUGCUGGCCGCUUGCCAUCGUCCGCGUACCGGGGUAGUACGAUGUAUACGACCCUAUCGCCGUGCGACAUGUGUACCGGCGCAUGCCUUCUAUACGGCAUCCCUCGGGUCGUUGUCGGUGAGAAUAGGACAUUCAUGGGCGGCGAGGCAUAUCUGAAGCAGCGGGGUGUCGAAGUGGUCUUGCUCGACUCACCCGAGUGCCGGGAGCUGAUGCAAAAGUUCAUCGCAGAAAAGCCUGAAGUCUGGAAUGAGGAUAUCGGUGUGGAAGAAGGAGUCUCCUCCAAGAAGAUUUAGUAAAGAAUUGUUUG